AGGAAUGCCAAUCAGUGACUCCACCUCGCACCACUCAAUCCCCCAUGUCAUAAUCUCGAACCCUAUCUCUCUCACCCUCACUCUUCCACUUUUCUCACCUUUCGGUCAGUUUGGAAAAGGUGUCGGUGUUUUUAAACGCUCGAUUUCUCUGGCAACUUGCUUGCCAAAGGAGAAAUUAUAACCCCGCCCCGGUCGAGUCCGUGCUCCGAAAUCCGACAUCAUAGGGUAUCGCAUUCAGAACCGCUCGGUAACCAUCGGCUCCAGAAAACUUUCCUCGGUCGAACCCUCCCCAUUCUUAAUCACAUCAUCUUUCAACACUCUGAUCGAUUCCUUAAACUCCCUUUUAUAACGAGUUCAAACGGAAUUUUGGGUUCCGGAUCGAGCACCGAUAUGCUCGAGUCCGGGAUCCCUCGGUGAUCAAGACGGAUAGACAAGUGUGAGCGCCUGUCAACCUUCUACGAUGCGCCCCGAUGACAGAAGCAGCUCCGGAGCUGCCAGCAAUUCCUCCGAACAGUCGCACAGCUCCUCGGGAGAUAGUGCUGCCUCGCCCGCUUCCCACGUGCCUGUCUCCGGUACAUCGUCAAACUCCGAGCUCAUCAAGCGCUUGGAGAUUUUGUCCACCCGUAUCCCAAAUUUCUGGGUCGCUCCCUUUUGUGGCGGCGCUGCAGGUGUGGCCUCAGGAAUUGUGACUUGUCCCCUCGAUGUUAUCAAGACCAAGUUGCAGGCCCAGGGUGGCUUUGCCCGACGGAGCGGGUCAGCCAUGCAAACGAAAACACUGUACAGAGGCAUGUUUGGCACCGGAAAGGUGAUUAUACGAGAAGAUGGUAUUCGUGGUCUUUACCAGGGACUUGGCCCGAUGCUCAUGGGAUAUCUUCCGACGUGGGCGGUCUACCUGGCUGUUUAUGACCGAUCUCGCGAAUACUUUUAUGAACAAACAGAUAGUUGGUGGUUAUCCCGCGGAUAUGCUUCGGUCACCGCUGGUGCCUGUUCAACAAUUGUGACGAAUCCCAUCUGGGUCAUUAAGACGAGGCUCAUGUCGCAGAGCCUUAAGCAAAACCACGAAGGAGCACGAGCCCCGUGGCAGUACUCAGGUACAUGGGAUGCCGCUCGCAAGAUGUACCAGGUUGAGGGCAUUCGCUCGUUCUAUUCUGGCUUGACACCCGCCCUUCUUGGCCUCACUCACGUAGCCAUCCAGUUCCCCCUUUAUGAGUAUCUGAAAAUGGGCUUCACCGGAUAUGGAAUCGGAGAGCACCCAGAUACAGGGAGCUCCCACUGGCUGGGUAUCUCAUUCGCUACAUUCCUCAGCAAAAUCUGUGCAAGCACCAUCACCUACCCUCACGAGGUUCUAAGAACUCGACUGCAAACUCAGCAGCGCAACAUUCCAGCUCCAUCACAUGAAGAAGUCGCCUUCCGCGGUGGCCUGAAACACCCCCAUGAUCGUGGCCGACCCCGAGCUUCUUCCUCGGAUGGAAUGCCUCUCAGUCCUCGUUAUUCCGGAAUGAUCCGCACAUGCCAAACUAUCUUGAAGGAAGAAGGAUGGCGUGCGUUCUACUCCGGGAUUGGCGUCAACCUUUUCCGGGCCGUUCCGGCUGCCAUGACGACUAUGCUCACCUAUGAGUAUCUCCGGAUGGUCAUUCACAACUUCCAACAUGAGGGUGAAAUGAAGCUAGCCAUGGAAAAGGAGACCGAUGCGCCUAGCAUGAUUUGA